CUGUGCAUCGCAGGCUAUCGCUGUCUUUGAGCUGAAUUAUUGCAGAGCGUUAGCUGGGGUUCAAACAACAUGGGGGCAAGUGCCCAAGCGAGGGGUUGUGCCGUAGGUCAUGCCGUUGCAUGGGCCGACAUUAAGAGACAGGGCCAGACCUCCAAAACAUAACAUACUAUCAAUUCUACUCCACUAUACUUUGUGUAAGCUUGUAAUUGGAAUGCCUGCCGAAUACAGCAGUAGACCAUCUAAUCGUCACAGUGGUUUCCAGUAAGCCAGUGGGAGGUAACUUUCCACUGAUCUAGUGGGAAGUUUGUUUCCAAUAGCAAAGGUCGUAGUGCUAAACAUUAUUCUCAUAAGAAUGCAGUGGAAAUACAGUCGGUAGCGAUGGCGCCACCGAAUUCGCCACGCCGUUUUCCCGGCCCUCUCUGCAAUGGUGCAUCAGCCUAUGUACUGGCUGAUAUAGCCAGGAGCAUUCAGGUUCUCGCGGUCAAAGCUUUUCCUGCGUCACGACCAAGCGCUUCCGGCGGCGUGUCUACUACUAGUAAGAUGCCGACGCUGCAUGGAAAGGCAUUUUACCCACACUCGCUGUGUGACUCAGUGACUGGCAAUGAUGCGACGCUAGGAUCCAUCGUCGUGCCGUAUGGAUCAGAGUCGGCGUUGGUAUUGCUCAGAAGGGCACACCGCCGCGGCGCCCGAACCACUGUGUAGACAGCGCUAGAUGUAGGAUGGCUCUGUGGUGCUAUGAGCUGUGCUGAUUGAUGUAGCGGUCAUGGUGGCAGUGUUACCGUCAGCAAGUACAGUAGGUUUGCACUAGUGCGUGGCGCCGCCACCUUGGGCGUGAUGGUCGCACGGGCUGCAGGGGCUCCCCUGGUUGGAGGCGCUAGAGCCUCCGUGCAGCCAUGUCAGGGACAGGCACGUACGUGCAUGUGCAUGUAACACGCAUCAGAG